AUGACGAAGGAGGUAAUACGAGUACCGGUAGGAGUUGUUCUUAACUUGAAUUCACCGGUUGGAGCUAUGGCAGAGAAUUGCAUGGCCAUGGCACUUGAUGAUUUUUAUACGAAGCAAGCUCAUUAUCAAACAAGGCUUUCCCUUCUCACAAGGGAUUCAAAGAAUGAUGUUGUUUCGGCAGCACUCGAAGAAAAUGUGACUGCCAUUAUCGGACCUCAAAGUUCAGCAGAAGCAAAGUUUGUGAUAGAGCUAGGCAGAACGAAGCAUGUUCCCAUAAUUUGCUUUUCUGCCACGAGUCCAUCCCUUUCUCCAUCCCAUAACCCAUUUUUCAUUCGGACGGCUUUCAAUGACUAUGCUCAAGUAAAAGCCAUAGCUGCCAUUGUUGGAGCUUAUGGUUGGUUGGAAGUUGUUCUCAUCUAUGAAGACACGGAGUACGGAAACAGCUUAGUUCCAUAUUUGGUAGAUGCUUUCCAACAAGUUGGCGCUCGAGUACCUAAAAGAAGUGUCAUUCCUCUUCAUUCUAAUGACACAGAAAUUCUAAAGGAGCUUGACCACUUGAAAUCAACUCGAGCAAGAAUAUUUGCGGUGCAUAUGACUCCUUCCCUAGGAUCCAGAUUCUUCUUCUUAGCAAGGCAGGCAAGGAUGAUGACCAGAGGGUAUGGAUGGAUUGUUACAGAAGGGUUGUCGACUUUAUUAGAUCCUGUGGGUUCAAAAGCCAUGCAGUCGAUGGAAGGUAUACUGGGAGUAAGGCCAUAUAUACCAAUGUCAAAAGAAGUUGAAGACUUUGUGUUGAGAAUGAAAAGAUUCAGGUUCAGAAAUCCGAGCAAGAUUAGUGGUGUAAACCUCUUUGGAUUGUGGGCAUAUGAUACAGUUUGGGCACUAGCAAUGGCAGUGGAGAAAGUUGGAAUAGCAAAUUAUAGUUUUACGAUGCAAAAUGUUAACACAAGCAAAGUUGAUCUUACAAGUUUGGGAACUGGUAACAUGGGUCAACAUCUUCUUGAAGCUAUCCUAGAUUCAAAAUUUGAAAGCCUCAUCAGUGGGAAUUUUCGGUUGGUUAAGGGAGAGUUGGAAGCUGAAACCUUUGGGGUAUUUAAUGUGAUUGGUGAAAAAGAAAGAAUAAUUGGAUAUUGGAACCAAAAGAAAGGACUUACCCGAAAGCUGAAUGGAGCAGCACAGGAUGGAAGGAAGACACUCAAGACACCAAUUUGGCCCGGGUACACUACAAAAACACCUCCAACAAAGAAAUUGAGAAUUGGAGUUCCCGUGAAACAUGGUUUUAAUGAAUUCUUAAAAGUCGACGAAAAGAACAAAAUAUCAGGAUUCUCUUAUGAUAUCUUCAUUGCUGUAGAAAAACAACUGCCAUUUCCCAUUCGAUAUGAGUUUUCUACCUUUGAUGGCACUUAUGAUGAUCUUCUUUGUCAAAUUCAUCUUCAGAAAUACGAUGCUGUGGUGGGAGACACAACAAUUGUAGCUGAUCGCUCACUAUAUGUAGAUUUUACGUUGCCCUAUUCCGAAUCAGGUGUUUCCAUGAUAGUUUUGACAGAAGAUAUUGAGAGGAAUAAUAUUUGGAUUUUCUUGAAGCCACUAAGCUGGGAUCUUUGGUUGACUACCGGUGUAGCCUUCAUAGUUACAGGAGUCGUGAUAUGGGCUCUUGAGCACCGGGAAAACACUGAGUUCAGAGGUCCUCCACAGCAACAACUUGGCAUGAUAUUCUGGUUCUCCUUUUCAACCCUUGUCUUUGCACACAGAGAGAAAGUGGUGAACAACUGGUCAAGGUUUGUGCUGAUUAUAUGGGUUUUUGUGGUACUGAUCCUAACACAAAGUUACUCUGCAAGCUUAGCCUCCAUGUUAACAGUACAGAAGUUGCGGCCAGCAUUCACAGAUAUAAAAGAGAUACAAAGCAAAGGUUACAAAGUAGGGUAUCAAAAUGGUUCCUUUAUUAAAGGGUUUCUCAUAAAACAUCUAAAAUUUAAUGAGACCAAGUUGGUGCCUUUGGAAACCAUUCAGGACUAUCAGGACGCACUGUCUAAAGGAAAUAAGACUGGUCGAGUUGCUGCCAUUUUAGAUGAAGUCCCUUACCUCAAGUUGUUCCUUAAUAGGACGAGUUGUUCCAAGUACACCAUGGUUGGACCAACCUACAAAACCGAUGGAUUUGGCUUUGCCUUCCCAUUAGGGUCCUCUCUGGUAUCCUACAUGUCAAGGGCAAUCUUGAAUGUGACUCAAGAUGAAACUCUAAUGGAUGAAAUUCAGUCCAAGUCUUUUGAUUACCAACCUGCCUGUGCGGAUCAACGUGCCAAAAUUGCUUCAGAAGGUCCAAGUCUUGGCAUCUCCAGCUUCGGGGGCCUCUUCAUCAUCGCAGGUGUGGCCUCAAUGGUUGCUCUUUUGAUGCACAUGUAUCACUUCCUUUGCUCUCACUGGCCAGCGUUUCGCACAAUUUGUUCUUCUGAGAGCACAUUUUGGGCCAAAUCGGUUGAAAUGGCAAAGCAUUUUGACAAUAAAGAUCUCACUUCACAUCAGUUUAAGCGAAGAGACUCAAGGGUACACGCUACGGAUAUUCCUGAUGAUGAAGGUCUAGCAGCUGCACCGGAUGCUAAUGAUAUGCAGAACAAUUCAUCAAGAACUCACGAAACAGUGGAGAACGAUCUUGACAUUAAUGAAAAUGAAAAUCUUUCUUCAGGGUCAGGGCGUAGGGAUUCAUCUAUGCCUGUACUUCACUCAUCAUAA